UCCACAAGCUCCCCAUUAAGAAGAAGCAUCAGUUAGCAGAGUCGAGAGUUUCCGUAGCAAGAGAAAAUGGCCAGCACACCUGCAUUGUCUGGCACUAUGGCUAGCACCUCCUUCCUGAGGAGGCAACCAGUGAACACAAGCCUGAAGGCGUUCCCCAACGCUAAUGUUAUGUUUGGUGUAAAAGGAGGACGUGGAGGUCGUGUGACAGCCAUGGCCUUGUACAAGGUGAAGCUGAUCACACCAGAGGGACCACAGGAAUUUGAGUGCCCUGAUGAUGUUUACAUUCUUGACCAGGCAGAGGAGUUAAACAUUGACCUUCCCUUCUCAUGCAGGGCUGGUUCUUGCUCUUCCUGUGCUGGCAAAGUUAAGGAUGGACAAGUGGACCAGUCAGAUGGUAGCUUCCUUGAUGAUGACCAAAUUGCUGAUGGUUUUGUUCUCACCUGUGUUGCUUACCCUAUCUCAGAUGUUGUUAUUGAGACUCACAGGGAGGACGAGCUCACUGGUUAAUUCAUAUCUCUAUCUCACCACUUUUAUGUUUCUUCCAUCAUCAGGAAUGUUGCUUUAAUUUUGUGCCAUUUUCUCAUGCUAUUUAUGAUGAGCAACUUAUGCAUUCAUUACUUCGCCUGUAUUACCAAGUCAACUUGUUGUAACUAUAAUAAUCUUUUUCCACAGUAACUAUAAUUAUCUUUUUACACACUAUCCUUUCCUCUUUCCCUGCUUCAAUAACAACUCCCAUUUUCCUUCUU